AUGCCGAACGACCCGUACCGCGAAACAGACUACCCGCUGCCGGACGCGACCCACCCGUGUCCGGGGCGGGGCUUUGACUUCGUGGCCAUCCCACCCGAGUGCCCCCCGCCGGCGGGCGCGGCCGAGGCGUACGCGGCCAUGUACCGCGCCGCGCCGGCCGGCCUGCAGUCGGACCCCGGCUGUCCGCAGUAUCUGGCGACGGAGGGCGAGCGCCCACCGGUCGCGCGCCACUGCCCAGGGGCAGCCGCGCCCGACCGCGGUCCGCCCCCAGCCGGCCGGCUCGGCAGUGACGGCUACCUCGCGCAGGACGUGUUCGGCCGCGGUCCGUGCCCAGCCAUCCAGCAGCCAGGCAGCCUCUUCCCUUGGAUGAAGGCGCAGUUCGACAGGAAGCGUGGUCGGCAGACGUACACCCGGUACCAGACGCUGGAGCUGGAGAAGGAGUUCCACUUCAACCGCUACCUGACCCGCCGGCGUCGAAUCGAGAUCUCCCACCAGCUGUGCUUGACGGAGCGCCAAAUAAAGAUCUGGUUCCAGAAUCGGCGCAUGAAGUGGAAAAAGGAGCAUAGGACGCUCGACACCACGGACGACAAGGCGGCGUCGGUGGAGGUGGCAGAUGCGGAAAAAUCUCCGGGUGGGGCGUAAAUUAUCAGCAUUUCUGCGAUUGCGGUGGUGAAAUAUUAUUUGGCUACUGUGUAGGACAAGGCAUGCUGGCGCGGGCUG